AUGAUCUAAGAGUGAUUUGUAGCCGGACGACUUGAAACAACCCUUUUCAGUUUAUUACAUUUUCAAGGUCUUCGAGCAAGCAGUCGCCUACAUCCUUAGCUAUCCUUGAAAGAUUCAACGUAACGCUCGACACCUCCACCAUAUCAUGGCAACCCAACCAACUCAAACAAGAAUCUUUACUCUCCCCUUCGCUGACGAAGUACUGAGAAACUUCUCAAGCAGCACAGUAAAUGCGACAGACGCGAGGGAAAACUUAAACGCACUCAUGACCGCGUUAAUUCUUCAGUCCGUCAUAAUUAUUGUCGUUUUUGGCAACGCCUUAGUUCUUGCGGCGUUGGCAUCCUACCGCUCUUGGACAUCUGCAGAUAUUUUGCUGUUCUCUCUUUCCUUAGCAGAUUUCUUGGACUCUGCUUUAGCCGUCGAGCUCAUAACAGUCGUAAGGUAUUUUUUAGGACAACAGAUGGCUAAACCUAUGUGCGAUGCGUUCGUAGCUUUGGUCUACACUUUUCGAAUGGCUUCUUCGUUUACCGUGACUUGUAUUGCAGUCGAGCGCUCUCUUUUAUUACAGUUUCCAUUAAGACAUCAUACACUUGUGACGCACUCGCGAAUUAAAAAGUUCGUUGCAGGCAUCUGGCUUUUCUCAAUAUUUUCCGCUUUUCUACCGCUUAUUGGUGUUGGAAACUCUGGGUUUAAGAACGGGGAGUGCUUUUCACAACUCUACGACCUGGGCAAAGCGUACGCCAUUUAUAUAGAGACUUACGGUGCAAUCAUGUUUCUAACGGUGUUUGCAUCGUAUUUCACGAUCAAGGUCUCCGGGAUCAAGUUUAUUCGAAGACAGACAUUAAUGAGAGGGCACGGAGGAGCGAGGAACCAAUCAACCGUGUACAGUUGCCGAGGAAGCGUGCACAGUCCCGGAAAAACGAGCGGCGUGCGGAGCGUGCGUAAGCUAGCCGUUAUGAUGGGGAUAGUCGUGAUUAUUUACUACAUCAGCUGGCUGCCGUUCCUGGUAAGUUACCCUGGGGGAGAUCAAGUUACACCUCGGAGAAUUCUCUGUACAUACCCUAAGGAAAAAGGUCUAUGGCUGAAUGACUGCCACGACGCUAGAGACUCUUCUUUAUUCAAAACUCCAGCUGCAUGGCUUUCUAGAGUCCACGCCUUAAAAUAACCUUGGGGAAGACACAUUAUCCCUCGAGCACAUAAACCCAAGGGAAAAGUAUUUGUGCUAUAAUUAUUAGUAUUUGUCCCACAAUUAUUCCCACCAUGAUAGAAAAUCUCCGUUACUUAUCCACCAGCAUUCUGGAAGUUCAUAACAUUAAAUUACAAAGGGGGACAAUAAGUUUUCCAAGAGGGGAGGGGUCGUCUGUACACAGGCUAAGGUUUUCCCUCUUGGGACAAAACGAAAAAACCCUGGCAGUAUACCCAGUGUUGUAGUAAACAAACGCUUCAACCUAGGUGUGGAUUCCUGAUAGUUAAAAUAAUUGAUAUAUGCUUUUAAGUGUAAACAUGAAUAAACUUUUAAGCUGAAAUGACAUUUUAAUUAAAAUUAAACGAACAUACCGCAGCUGUAGAGAACUGUCAAGGAACCUUUCUAAAAACAUAAACAAAACAUAGAUUAUUCCCUCCAAUUUAUUACCUCAAUUCUAAUCAUUGGAUAAUAUAUAAAUUAUAAAAGAAACAAUUUUUGAAGUAAAUCAGUUUUGAACUGUUGACUGUUAACAUUUAAAUACGGCACGAGAGGGUGAGGAAAGCUACUCUCCCAUACAAACUACAUCCCAAGUACGCUUGUCCAUAAGUAUCCAUCUUCAGUUUCAUUUAAGAAGGGAUUAUUCCCGAACGUCUGUAAUUCAUCAUGCGAUCACAUUCUGUAGAAGCACAAUUUUUUACCCAUGACAUUAUUUAAUUUGACUGCUUUGCAGCAAACAGUUUCCGUCAACGAUUCCUCUUUAGCCCGAUAACUGGAAAACGUUAUAGCUCUGACUAACAAAAACACGCCAAUGAAAUUGAUUUAAGAGUCUUUAUAGCCAAUAAUAUUACGGCUCAACCGUCAGACGACCAAUAACAUCGCGACUUAAUCGACCAAUCGGGUCAAUAACCAAAGCUAAAUACCAUGAACUGACGCGAUACAACUCGGCCCUUUGACUCCAAAGAUGACUAACGCACAGGCGUUUGCAGCCAAACUGUCACCGUCAGCAAUAGUCCUAUUCAGGACUACGAUCGCCCGGACGAUCAUGCUUCACCUACUUACGAAAUGACUCCUAGGUUCAAACUUUUCACACAAAAAAAUGUGUUUCACCGUUUAAAAUGACUAGCUUACUUACUAUUUACCUCUCUUUUAUUUUCAGUUGAACAACUUGUUUUGCUUGAUAGCUGACCAACAGCCAUCACCGAAGAUAGUUCUGUUGACAACCCUCUUUUCUUUCCUUCACGCCCUCGCUAAUCCACUGCUGUACGGUUGGAUGAGCCAACGGUACAGGCGCGGUUACAUUUUCGUGUUCAAAAUGGUGCUGAGUGCGUGUGGAGGGCACCGCCCAGACAGGAGAACACUUGGUGAGUUUGACCACGAAUUAGAAGUCAGUUUUAUGCAAAUAUAAAUUACUGUCACGCAAAAAAAAAGAUCUUUAGUUAAGUGUAUCUAGCCGUUGAAUUAUUGGCUUCUUCAAAACCAAAGAACUAUGAGACGCAGAAUUAGCAAAAUAACAUUGCCUGUCCGUGCUUGUCUCAUACUAACGCCUCUAUUCUAAAGUCAUGGAAGUCGGAAGUUCUAACUCAACGGGUAUGAGGUAUGUCACUGAGCAUGCUCGAAAAAGGGUCUUUGAAUAACAGGGACCUCAAAAUGUGUCUCACAAGACAAUCAUUGUAAUUGAUUAUAUGCGCACACUUUCUAGGCAUGUCUUGUCGCUUUAGCACUGGGCCGAAUCUCACCCGACAGCCAUCGGCAACGGAUAUCACUGUAUACAACAGCAGACUGUCCUUACAGGUUGUGGACCACCGCCCAGCUACAACCAAUGGGGAAAAAGAAGGUAAAUGCGGUCGACCAGAGGAGAUGGCAAUCCUAAUCUUAAAUGCAUGUAGCCAGUAUUUGCUUGGACUUCCGCUAAGAAUGAAUAGAUUGCAUAGAACGCAAUCUGAUCAUGCGCGUUUGGAACUUCUAUCACGUGAAACUUAAGCGAAGAAAAGUGCUGGAGCAAGUGCGUUUUAACCUUCGAUCGAUCUCAUCCGUACUCCUAGCCUUUAAUUUGCGCAUAAACUACGCAGGAGUAAUAACGGUUCACUCGUGACAGUCAAAAUGGACUUGAGUGUGAGCAAGCCAUGGGUCAUGAUCUCUGACCAAAAAUGGGACAAGCCACAAUAGGAAAUACUUCUGCGCCUGCGCAGGCUAUAAUCAUUUUUUGAGAGCCUUUUUUGACCUACUUUUUCCCGAAAUAACACUUCAAAUUUGAAAUUGUACAGCUCGCGUUUUGAAGCGUUAGUUUACAUUUUCCCCUAAUUUUCCUUAAUAAAAGUCACGUUAAACAGUUUUCACGUACUUUUUAAGUGCCACAGUAACGUUUAGGAAGGCUAGGCUACUUUGAGUGAACUUCUUUUACUACAACCAGUUCAACGCUUUACUCGCGUCUUUGAGUGUGGUAGGUUUCAUAUCCGUGAUAUGUUUUGUUUCACCGACGCGCUAAUUAUGGGCACUUCACAUGCGAAAAAUACGGUUAACAAUGCUUCGGAAAUCUUCGGGAAUUUUUCGAAUGGCCGCUCGUAAAACCUUUAGACAGCAUUCCAACAGCAUUUAAAAAUCUUGGAAUGUAUUCGUAAAAUCUUGAAAAAUUCUGACGACAACAAAAUAACUAUGCCAAACUCGAUUCUCUUUACCAACAGAUAAUAUAUAUCUGAUAGAAAGAACGCUUCAACAUAAGAUGGAAAUUUCUCGAAGCUUUGCUUUACUGUUUUCUUUUAUCAUUUGUUAUAGACCACAGUUUGAAUAACAACGUCGUUCCAAGUGAGCCUGGGAAGAACAAAGAAAAGGGUGAUAUUCCAAGAAACAACAACGAGGAACCAUGUUCCCAUGGAAACCAGGAGGCUACCACUGUUGAGGUUGAAAACAAUCUGGGCGUGAACAAUGCAAGCCUCGUUUCUGCGGAGGUGAUCCAGUUAUUAGAUGCUCUCUUAAACAGAAUAGAAAUGACGUCGAAUGCACAAGUCGAAUUCGCCGAGUUAUGAAGACUUUCCUAGGGAGAUUGAAUAUAUUCUUUCACAUUUUUUUAAAGUUUUUGUUU